CGGGCGAUCAACACUGAAAAUACUCCGUGUUCGCCAAUGUAGUGACUUCAUCCAAGCCUGAAUUUUGACUGAGGAUCCUAUCGCAAAAGAUUUGGUAAAACAAAUCUUCCCUCCUCGACUUCCAAACUACCUUAAGUCGACUUCAAUCUUCAAGUUAAGAGUACAAUGGACUACUUUGUUAUGAUUCAAUACUUUGGAGUAUUCUUACUGGCUUGUGUGACAGCCGCCAAACUUGACCUCAAAAACCAGGACGCCUUGCUGUGCAGUAGAAGUGCUGUGGAUUACAAUGUAACUUUAAUUAAGGGAGCAAAGGCAGGGAAAUUCUAUAAACUCGAUAAAGUGAACAGAAUAGACGAUUGUAUCAACCACUGCUGUGACAGUAAGAACUGUGAUGUGGCGUUCAUGGUCACUAGUGCGUGUUACUUGGUACAGUGUAAUAGCAAGGAGUCGUGUGAGAUUCAACAAGCAAAACAACCUAAACUGGGGACUAUCUUGUCUGUGGUUAAUAAGAAAUCGAAAUUAAAAGAUAAACCUGACGCUGAACCUGCAGUAGAUGAGAACCUUGCAGAGAAACCAUUAAGUUCUUUUGUUAGUGCGGACGAUGGUAUGACGACAGUUAGCGCGUUUGGGACUGGUAAAUACAAACGAACCAAGAGGUCUUCAGACGUCAUUGACCUGGUGGUGGCUGUUGGUUGCGGAACAGUCGCAGUCUGUGUGGGCGUGGCUGGUGUUAUCAUGAUGACAAGAAGAUUGAUUGACAACAGUAAAAACACAGCAGCCUAAUGGCUUUCAUGUCAGUCAUAGCAGCUAAUCAUUAGAUUAAUAUUAACAUUAACUAUUAGAUUAAUAUUAAUAUUAAAUACAUCCAAUAUUUGGAUUGUAAAUAAUCAUAAUUCAAACAAGCAGUUCUCUCUAAGGCUAAAUCUACACCUCCCAUUUCGUUUGCCAAUUGUUUUAAAGUUAGAAACCACGUGACCGGGGUUCUUAUUGAGCCCACAUUCAUACAGACUAGCGGAAUAUUUAGUGCUCAUGUGUUGCUGUUUCAACACAGGGAUCCCGACAUAUGGACUGUAGUUUUUAUCUACAAUGUAUUUAAUUUGAGGGAAAGGCUCAAGCAGAAAAGCUUAACAAUGUAUAAAGAAAUCUGGUUGCUUUUAGCGGAGGGAACAUGUAAAACAAGCGUUGGGAAGCCUCGGAUAUGAUAUGAAUACGUGAGAGGUUGUCUUGACAACGACGAGUUAUAGACCUAAUCGGCUAACGUGUUGCUAUGUACGUUUCCACCCAAUUCAAACCACAUGGGACUAAGUUUCAUUGUUCGUUAUAUUUUGGUUUCACAGUUGAAUUCGUAGAGACAAACGCUUCUWUUCCCARAAGGUUUGAAUUGGGUGGUAACGUACAUAGCAACACGUUAGCCGAUUAGGUCUAUUGAAGAAUGCAUUUGCAUCGAAAAAGUCUAUAUGGUAUAUAGUAGUUUGGUAGAUGAGUGUGUAUCCAGUAAGGAUGAAGUACUGGCCAAUAAAGAUACGAAUAAGAACAGUAACAAACUUAUGACGAAUCUAUCGUUAUUCGUUUUGAGUAUUAAACCAAACGACAAUAAAAUUACCAGAAAAUUACAAUGUUGAGUUAAAUGA